UGAUGGCGGCGGCGAGCGGCGAGGGCGGGGAGCGCAGCAGCACCCGGGACCGGCUCCUGGCGGCGCUGGAGGAUCUCGAGCUCUUGGCCAGAGAAUUAAUUGAAAUUUUGGCGAUUUCAAGAAACCAGAAGCUUCCACAACCAGGAGAAGAGAGCCAGAUCCUGGAGCUGCUGAUUCAGAGAGAUGGAGAGUUUCAAGAGCUAAUGAAGCUGGCAGUUGAUCAGGGGAAAAUCCAUCAUGAAAUGCAACUUUUAGAAAAGGUAGUAGAAAAAAGGGAUAGUGAUAUUCAGCAGCUGCAGAAACAACUAAAAGAAGCAGAGCACAUACUGGCAACAGCUGUUUAUCAAGCAAAGGAGAAAUUGAAAUCAAUUGAAAAGGCAAGAAAAGGUGCCAUUUCCUCUGAAGAAAUAAUUAAAUAUGCCCAUAGGAUCAGUGCUAGCAAUGCUGUUUGUGCCCCUCUGACAUGGGUACCAGGGGACCCACGAAGGCCAUAUCCUACCGAUCUGGAAAUGAGGAGUGGCCUCCUGGGUCAGAUGAACAACCCAUCCACCAAUGGAGUUAAUGGACACUUACCAGGGGAUGCACUUGCAGCAGGCAGACUGCCAGAUGUGCUUGCUCCUCAGUAUCCUUGGCAGUCAAGCGAUAUGUCAAUGAACAUGCUACCUCCUAAUCAUAGUAAUGACUUUAUGUUGGAGCCUCCAGGACACAAUAAAGAGAAUGAAGAUGAUGUAGAAGUUAUGUCAACAGACUCCUCAAGCAGCAGCAGUGACUCAGAUUAGGUACAAGAGGAACAGUAUCCCUAGUAGACCUUUCCUGUGGUGAAGGCCUGUUGGAUGCUAUUCGUCACAAACUGCAAUACCUGCUAGUUACGCUGGUGUCCCUGUAUAGGGAGAAGAUACAGCUGGCUCGGAAAUAGGGUGAUUAAUUUAAAACCAUGGACUUUUAGAUUUUUUUUUUCCACUAGAUGCUCAAGCAAAAUGACUGGGAGCUUUCUGCUGGAGGAGAGAUGUUAAAUCUCCAGUGAUUAUGUAAAUGUGUGAGUCUGUAUGUUUGCAAGAGACGUGUGUGUGUGUGUGUGUGUGUAUAUAUAUUUACUAUACACUAGAUGACAAAAGUUCCUGGGAAAAAAGGUGUAAGGGGAAUCCCCUUGUAUGUUUGUUUGUAACUUCACUCUUUUGAUGAUAGCCUUUUCUAUGGCACAGAAAUGAGGCAUGAAAUUUGUAAUUUUAACAUUUGUUACUGCCAAAAUCCAUGUUCUUGAUCAUUUUGUGUGUUCUGAGAACAAAAAUAUGGCAAUAAGGUGUAAUAGAGUAUGUUUGUAAUUAUUGUAAUAUAUAACAAAUGAUUUGUCAUAAAUAAACUCAGCUUUGUGUAACUUUA